UUUUUAGACAUACAUUUAUCACUAAUGUAUUACCGAGGUGGAGACUUCGCUGAUAGCUUAUAUAAAUGGUUCAUUCCUGUUAGAAGAUCACGUCCAUUUCAGGAGACGAAGAGAAUUAGUGGCAGUUCUGUUGUAUUCCUCAGUGGACUUUAGAAUAAUGAUGAAGGCUGUGGUUUUGUUGUUCCUUCUCUGCUUUGUCAUAGAAGAGGGAAUGUCUAGGCCUACCGAAUAUAGCAAAUCAGAAGAAAAUGGAAAUGGUGAAAAUAACUCAACUAGCUUCGAUGUAUACGACAAUGGUGAUGACGAUAAAGGAAGUAAAGAUAAUGGUGAUGAAGAUGAUGAAGAUGACGAUUAUACAAGUGAGGAUAAUGAUUAUUCUGACGAAAAUAGUGAUGGGGAAUAUGAAAGUGAAGAUUAUGAAGAUGACGAUGACAGAAGUGAAGAUAAUGGAGAUGAUGAAAAAAGUAAUGGAGGAAAUAGAGAUGAAGAAAAUGCUAGUGACGAUGAUGGUGAUGGCAAUACUGAAGAUUAUACAAAAGAAUACAAUGUUUAUAGUAAAGAAAAUGCUGAUGGCGAAUACAAAAGUGAUGAAGAUGACGAUUAUAGUGAUGACGUUGAGAGAAGUAAAGGUAACGGAGAUGACGAAAGUGAUAGUGUAUGCAAUGGAGAUGAAGGAAAUGCUAGUAAAGAUAAUGGGGAAGACAAAACUGAAGACUAUUAUACAAGAGAAUACAACGGUAAUAGUAAAGAAAAUGCUGAUGGCGAACACAAAAGUGAUGAAGAUGACAAUUAUAGUGAAGAUAAUGGAGAUGAUGAAAUAGGUAGUGUAGACAAUGGAGAUUAUGAUGAUAGAAGCGAAGACAGUGGGGAAAACGAUAACGGCAGUGAUGGUCCUUGGAAUGGAUAUAACGGGAAUGGCAAUAAUGGGGAUGGGUACAAUGGGUAUGAGAAUAAUGGAAAUGGCAAUAAUGGCGAUGGGAACGAUGGGUAUGAGAAUAAUGGAAAUGGCAAUAAUGGGAAUAACAGAAAUGGCAACAAUGGGGGUGGGAAUAAUGAAUAUGAGAAUAAUGGGAAUGGCAAUAAUGAGUAUGGCAAUAAUGGGUAUGAGAAUAAUGGGAAUGGGAAUAAUGGGUAUGAUAAUAACGGAAAUGGCUAUAAUGGAUAUGGCAACAAUGGGAAUGGGAAUAAUGGGUAUGAGAAUAAUGGAAAUGGCAAUAAUGUGUAUGGCAAUAAUGGGUAUGAGAAUAAUGGAAAUGGCAAUAAUGGGUAUGGCAAUAAUGGGGGUAAUAAUGGGUAUGAAAAUAACGGAAAUGGCAAUUAUGGGAAUGGAUAUAAUGGGAAUGGCAAUAAUGGGUAUAACAAUAACGGUAAUGGCAAUAAUGGGUAUGAAAAAAACGGAAAUGGCAAUAAUGGGAAUGGAUAUAAUGGGAAUGGCAAUAAUGGGUAUGACAAUAACGGGAAUGGCAAUAAUGGAAAUGGCAAUAACGGGGAUGGCAAUAAUGGGUAUGAAAAUAACGGAAAUGGCAAUAAUGGGAAUGGUUAUAAUGGGAAUGGCAAUAAUGGGUAUGACAAUAACGGGAAUGGCAAGAAUGAAAAUGGCAAUAACGGAAAUGGCAAUAAUGGGUAUGGCAAUAAGUGGAACGGCUAUAAUGGAAAUAGCAAUAAUGGGUAUGAGAAUAACGGGAAUGGCAAUAAUGGGUAUGGCAAUAACGGGAAUGGCAAUAAGUGGAAUGGGUAUAAUGAAAAUGGCAAUAACUUGAAUGGCUAUAAUGGAAAUGGCAACAAUGGGAAUGGGUAUUAUGGAAAUGGCAAUAAUGGGAAUGGGAAUGACGGGAAUGGCAAUAAUGGGUAUGGGAAUAAUGGGAAUGGCAAUAAUGGGUAUGGGAAUAACGGAAAUGGCAAUAAUGGGUAUGGGAAUAACGGAAAUGGCAAUAAUGGAAAUGGCAAUAAUGGAUAUGGGAAUGGCAACAAUGGAAAUGGAUAUAUUAGGAAGUGA